ACUUCCUGUUUCUCUCAGGUGACUCACCUGAACGAUGUUGCCGUUUGCAUAACAUUCUUUUUUAAUCACCACCUGGAUCAGGUAACCUGCUGCCGUCUGAACAGCGUUUCGACACCACACCGUUUCGGUUCGGUUUUCUGAGGCGGGGUGUCAGUUUUUGUCUUUUUGACGGUUUGUGGCCUAAACGAGCUGAGUUUUAUUUGAAAUAUAGAUCUAAUUUCUGUGGUUCCGGGGAUUUACAGGACGUUUAGAAUGAUCGGGCUCCGCACAGGACGUUCAGGGGCCUCGGCGGUCCGGGUCCUGGUUCCGGUUCUGGUUCUGGUUCUAGUUCUGGGUUGCUCACACGCGCAGACCUUUGGUGAGACGUGUUUGGCCAAAUUCAAAAAAGGGAGGACUGACUUUGUUCUGGAUGUGGACGACUCCGUGAAGGACGGAGCCACGUUCAUCUCCUCGCCCAAACUGGACCGGUCCAAAGACUGCGUCCUGGCCUGCUGCAAGAACCCGCAGUGUAACGUGGCCUUCAUGCAGGGGGGGUCCGAGGAGGGUCUGGUCCAGUCCUGCGUCCUCUUUGACUGCCUCUACAAGCAGAAGUACGUGUGCCGCUUCGUCCAGAAGAACGGAUACAUCAGCUCCAUCCUGGACUCGGUGUUCGAGAAGUACCUGGAGGUGGACCUCUCCCCAGAUGUAGCCGACCAUCCUCCGGUGGCCAACGGUGGACAGGACCAAGUGGUUCAACCUCUGGACAGCGUGACGCUGACGGGCAUCGAGAGUAAAGAUGACCAUGGGGUCGUGUCCUACCAGUGGCAGAUGGUUUCUGGAAACACGUUUACUGUUAUUGAGGAAACCACUUUCUCUGACCAGGUCAUUGUGUCCAACCUGACCUCCGGUGUGUAUAAGUUCCAGCUCACUGUCACCGACACCAGCGGUCAGUCAGACUCGACCCAGGUCACAGUCUUGGUUCUCACCCCUGAAGAGUCAGAGGACCACUGCAUGGCUCCAAAGAAGAUCGGCCCAUGUCGCGGUGCGUUCCCGCGUUGGCACUACAACGCCAUCUCAGAGAAAUGUGAGCAGUUCAUCUUUGGAGGCUGCAGGGAAAAUCUCAACAACUACCUCAGUCUCCAGGAGUGUUCCACCGCCUGCCAUGGAUCAGAAAAGGAUGAAAAAAGUGGGAGAACUAUCUCUGUUCCUGUGCCUAAAGUGGAGAAAUGUGGCGUUACGUGCACUCCAAAACAGUUCACCUGUGAAAACGGCUGCUGCCUGGAUCAAGGUCUGGAAUGUGACAAAGACGUACAGUGCAGCGACGGAUCGGACGAGAAGAACUGCGUUGACUUGGAUGACGAAUUUCAGGUUCUGCUGAAGAUUCCAGUUAAUGAACAAAAAGUGCGCUGCACAGAACCUCCAAGCACCGGAAGCUGCAGAGACACUUUCACUAAGUGGUACUACAACCCUGUCCAUCAGGACUGCUUCCGCUUCAACUACGGGGGCUGCAAAGGAACUGACAACCGAUUUGAAACGAAAGAUUCCUGUUUGACCACCUGCAGUGGAGUCACAGAGAACGACAUAUUUGCAAGAAAGGAAGAGUUUGAGCGCCAACUGGCUGACAGCCACACAGGUGUGGUGGCCAUCGCUGCCAUUCUGGGUUUGGCCAUCCUGAUCCUGCUGGGCAUCCUGGCUUACUGCUUCUACAAGGGCAAGAAAAAGUCUCCACAGCACCACCGCGUGCCCGUCAGUAAUAUCCCGGUCGCCGCACUGGACGACCGCGAGCAUCUGGUCUACAACAACACCACCAAACCCAUCUGACCUCUGACCCCUGUCCUGGUUGCUCGUGACCCCGGCUGCCAGAUUGUGAAAAAUGAACACACUCAGAGUGAGAUCCCGUUUUCUGAGUGCCGGGUCGGUUUUUGUUUGGGUUUUUUUAGGCGGAAGUGCGCACAUGGUACAGUUUCUUAAUUAUUAAUGUGAUGUUUUUUUUAUUGUAAGAUAGAUUGUUUUGUAAAAUGGGAAAGAAUUUCAUUAGUUUGGAAGAGUUCUUACUCCUCAUAUUUUAUCUCCCAUUGUUACGUACUCACCUGUACAUAAGCUUAGAAAUAUUUUACUUUAGGAAGGUUUUGUGGAAUUUUGAAAUGUUUUAACAAGCAUAAUAUGUAACUUUUUUUGUUUCCAUAAUUUUAAAUGGAUGUGCUUUUUCUGUCACUUCUGUGGCAUUUUUAUUUGAAAUAAAGAAUGUAGUACAGUACCUCAAAA